UCUCAACCUGUAUGACCGGGAUCAUAGACGUUGCCUAUAGACUUCAAUCUGGACAAAAUGUGACCAUCCGAGAUGUGAAACGUGCUUGUGCCCCUGAAGAGAUCGUCUCCUCGAUUCCGUCGGGAGACCACUGCGUAAAACAGUCCGUGGUGGACGCCUACUUUUCCGACAAUGACCCAGCUGAACUGUACCCAGAUAUAAAUGGUAUGCUAUUCCUCGGGAUCACAAACGCAAGCUUCUGCGUCUGUGACAGUGCCGACAAGUGCACCCCACCUUCACCCACAGUUGAUUCACCGUCAACAGGCGCAGAAGGCGGGACAGGAACUGGAAAAGGAGAUUUGAGAACCUGCAUCAAUUGUAAGGAGAUAACUUCUGAUGGUAACAUUACAUACCCUGGUGACACCGAACUUGUCUCGUGUUCGGACAACCCUGGUGAGAUGAUAUGCCCUGAAGGUAUCUCAACCUGUAUAACGGGUGUAGUCAACAUCGCCUAUAUGCUUGGGACGGGGCAAACCGUUACGUUGACGGUCGAGCGACGUACUUGUGCCCCCAAAGACGUUGUCGCCUCCACUUCUCCAGGAGACCACUGCGUAGACCAAUCCGUGGUUGGCGCCUUCUUUUCGGACAAUGAUCCGGCUGAGUUGUUCCCAGAUACAGAGGAAAUGAUCUUCGAUCGCCUCUUAAACGCAACCUUCUGCGUCUGUGACAGCGCAGACAAGUGCACCCCUCCUUCUCAAGCGAAUAGCGCAGUGAACCUCGAAUCUACUCUCGGUCUCUUCAUUGCCUCGCUUAUUUAUGCCUUAUUCUGUGGGUUAAAGGAUAAGCGAUAGAGGGCGUCUCUUUGUUGUCCCAAUGGCUUGCUUAAAGGAAUAGUUACGACACCGGAAGUAAAUUUUGUAUGGAUCCGUCAUUUCAUGGAUCUCCAAAUAGUUCCCUCCCACCAACAUAAAUUGUCCGUGCGGGGAAUCGUUCGGGGCUCAAUCAUUUAACAUGAGUGACGACCGCGUAUAUGCGAGUGUCACAACCAUCUCUCCCCCCACACUAUGCUUAUCCUAAUGAGAUUUCCUUCAUAUAAAAUGUUUACUAUCCCAUGAUGGGCAAAUGUUUUUUGUUUUUUUUGUUGUUGAAUGUUUGGCGUUCAUGUCGGAACUCUAUCCAAUUAAAUUAUAUUCAAUCUAACAGUUAUUCAACAGUCUCUGAUUGGUCUGAUGCCGGUCAUGCCGUAGUCUAGUUCUGGACCCUUUUAAUGAUUUUUGUUUAUUCGCCGACUAUAAGCGUUUAGCCGAGUGAUGGCGUGAUCUUUAGUGACGGCGUGAUCCGACCGGUUCUCGGGAUCACGCCGUCACUAAAGAUCGCGUCAUCACGGCGAAUAAAAAAAACUGAUUAAAAGGGUCCAGAACUAGACUAUUUAUUAUGGUGUGACUGAGUAUUGUUACUGGAUUUUCCUGAACCAUGUAUGAUUAUAAGAAAUGGAAAGGGGCGUGCCUGUUUACCUAAGUGUAUAUAAUAUCCAUUAUGAAUCUUAUUCGGAGUUGCCUCUUCAGUUAUAGCAAGGACGUUCGGCAGUAAUGUUCGAGCGCACCACAGCUGUGCAUGGGCAGCUGAUCAUAUAUUCGCUUUGGGGAAUGCAAGGAACUUCUGGACCAGGCAUUGUGCACGAAUAUUACAUUUGACCAGCUGGCCCUGCGCAACUAAGGUGCGCAUGGUCGUUAAAACUGGUCUACUGCAGAGUAUUGCAACAUCAAAUUGUACAAUCACAAGAAGAACAAAAUCCGAAAAUGUAUUUCUCUUGAUCAUGUAAACAAGUUAAACAACUUUCAAUAAAACGCAAUUGAAAAGAAACCCAGAUGCUUUUAUUUAUUUAUAUUUAUUUAUUUGUUAGUCUUUUUUAGCAGGGUGGCUCCAUCAGUAGUUAAAUACUGUUUUCUGUUUUGAGUUAGAUUGUUUGCUUUAUUGUAUGAAAAACAGGAACGAUUAAAGCACCACUGAACGGAUUCAUGAGCGUUUUUGAUUCUGUUAAUGUGGAAACCAAACUGGGAUACCGUAUUAAAUAAUUGGUCUACACAAAGCUCAAAAAGCCGUUUGAGUACUCCUUGGUUUCUAAAAUUUAUAAUCCUUCUGCUGAACCUAAACAGUCUUGAACAUUUACAUUUAAUGACGAAAUCAACAUGUUUUGACCAGGAAAGCUGGUCACGUGAUAAAAUAAAUGACAAUAUAUUCAUGGGAAUCAACCACCUGACCAGUAUUUGAAGUACAGUGACCUGUCAAAGUAAUUGUGUUACUUUCCUUGAUUAUUUGUAUACAUGAUGUUGCAAUGCUCACCAAACACCAAUCAUGCUCGCCAUAGACCAGCAUUAAUGCACUUUUAUUAUGCAUUGCGUAACACCGUGUACUUAACGGGAGCCCUUAUGGCAGCCGGUUUCUAAAUUGAAAUGCAAUAGCUAUACUGUCUAUUAUAUGGCCAUGUAAGUAGUAAUUAAUUUGAUAGCUUCUUUGAGAGGGUCAACGUAGACUGGUGGCACAAACCAGUAUUAAUCACAUAACGUCGUAAACUUAAAUGAGCUUAUCCUCCGAUGUCUAUUAAACUUUAGUUGACUAUUUUCCCAUCUACUGUCUUUUUAUUCUUUGAACAAGAGGCCCUUACAACAUAAUGCUGGUAUCAUAAUAGACAAGUAUGCUGCUCAUUAUAUAACACUGUAAUUUUGAGUUUAAUUAUACUUUUCCUGGUGCCAUCGUAGACUUCUGACGCCAAACUUGUAAUGUCUUUCUCUUAUAAAAUAAAUGAAGUUAUCCUCCAAUAAA